AUGGCAGAAAUUGACGAAGACCAGCUUGAAGACAUGAAAGACUGCUAUUCAAUCUUUGACAAGAAGGGGGAUAUGAAGGUCGAGAGCGAUAAAUUGAUCGACGUUCUUCGUUCCCUGGGCCUAAAUCCACUUACUGAUGACGUCAACAAGUGCAUAGAUGACUCAAAACUGAAAGGAACUCGUGUCGACUUUGAAACAUUCUUCGGCAUCUACAAGUACAUUUCUACAAAGCCAACUGUUGGAAGUUAUGCAGAUAUGGUUGAAGGGCUAAAGACGCUGGACAGAGACCAGAGCGGAAUGGUCAAUUCAGCAGAGCUACGUCACAUCUUGGGGCAUGUCGCUGACAGAAUGACAGAAGAAGAAGUUAAUUGCUCUGUGUCUCCUCAUGAAACAGCUGAAGGCCAAAUACCAUACGAAACACUUAUCAAAAGUGUCAUGGCAGGAUGA